UCUCUAACAGUGCACCCAAGCCCAAGAGGUGAUGAAGGCAAAAUAGUGUCCAAUGACCCUAUAUCUUCUGUUUUGUGGUGUUUGAAACUGUUCCUAGUGUCACGUGGCUCAAUCAGCAGUAUCAGCAACCCCUCGCUUCACGGUGGAGGCAGCUUCCGCACAAGCAGAGGAGCCACUGGCUCAAGACCGCUAAGAAGUACCGUGAUUGAGGAGUCCACCUUCAGCCCGGCUACAGCAGAACGUGACGUACAGCAAUGGAGCACCUUUCGGACCAUCCCGCUGCAGCGGUCAUGCGUAUCACGCCGCAUGGUCGGAACUGGCAAGCUGCAGCCAAACUCGUUUCACAUUGUGACUGCAAGUCAUGACUUAAGUCCAGUGUUCUAUUGCACCGAGGAGAGUGAACUAGCACAAUGGUGUUCCUUGCUAAGAACCAAGAUUGAGGCACUGGAUCAGGCACUGAUUGUGGAGAUGAACGCGUCGCUUGCAGAGUCCGAUAAGAUAAUCCACUUUGGCUGGGUCGCUGAACGACAGACCUCCACGGAACAAUGGAAGAACUACGUACACCACUUUAUGCUUCUGACGUCUAAACGUCUUCUGUUGUAUGAAUCUCCACCGAUGAGCAGUGAGCAGCUAAGCAGACCCGUCUCUUCGUUUCCUCUCCUCUCCACGCACUGCAAUGAAGUACAGACGGACAGGCAACAGGACAGCUGGCCACAUUGUUUCACGCUGACAGCAGCCGACGGACAAAGUCUAUACAUGGCAUCAGAGAGUCGCGCUGAGCUUGCCACAUGGUUCCAGCGCAUCUGGCAGGCCACGGUCAACCAGGCGUUGGACGAGAGCUGUAUGUUUACUGGGACGUAUCGGCAAAGCAGCGUGGAGCUCUCAGUCAGCCUUCAAAAUCAAUUAACUCUGGCUGAUGGAUUUGACAAGACGGUGAUAUGGAGGAAGCCAUUCUCUCAGCUGUCAGCCACGUCGUGUGAUGACAACUCGGUGGUCUUUUCCUUUUCCGAUGCGGCGGCAAAUACCGGUGCGGCUGAGGAGGCAACGGACUAUGAGGUGUCAUUCUCAUCAUGCCAUGCAGUUCUUCACACAGUGCACAACAUGCUGUUAGCACUCGUGUCCACUCUCGACCCUAACAUCAUCAAGGAACCUAUGACAGUAUAACAUGUGCCCGUGUACGGAAAGAACAUUUUAGGUUAUUUUCUUUCCCUUCUCCCCCUUAUGUUGAGCGUGUUUUCAAAACGAGAUUGCACAAGUUUAUACAUUCCUUCGUGUACUGUUCUGUAGUUCUACUUGAUAAGAAAGAAGGAUAUAUUCAAUGAAAUUUGAACAAACGGUGGUGAUGCAACAACAGGUGAUCGCAAUAUGUACAGGUUUAAUUGCAAGGUAGAAAUUGAAUUUUGUACAGAUAAUGUCUAUUUUAAAAUAUUGCUUAUUCUCAAAAUUUUAUAGAAAUUAUUUUGAAAGUACUUUGAAGUAGUGAGGUCCUAUUUCACUUUGAGGAAAAUAAAGCAAAUCUUAAAAAUAUAAAGGGUCUGAAUUUGG